AUGGCAGCAAUAGGAGGAGGAUCAUUUAGAGCCCAAAUCUCUCGUAUCUCUAUAACCAUUCCAACUCUCUCUUCCUCUUCUUUGUUUCCAUCACUAACAAUAUUGCAAUCAUGUAAUAAAAAGGACAAUCAAUUGCGGUGUGCCUUGCAAGAGUCUUCCACUUCUACUGUUGCUACUGAGAAGAAGAGUAACGACAAAGAACAAGAAGAUGACUCAAAAGUGGCGGUUCCGGCAAAGAAACCUAAACCCGCAGCUGCGAAAGCAGCAGUGGUGAAACCGUUGAAACAGAUGAUGGAGGAAGACGUGAUUCCUCCGUUAAAAGCCAUUCUUGAAGCUCAAGAUGAUAUAUCUGAAAUCGAUUUAUCUUUCCAAGACGAUAAGCUAGAGGGUUAUUUCUUGAAGAAAGGUAUCCAAUAUUCCUUCUGGGCCUUCUUCCCCACUGGAAACCUCACAGGAGCAAAGGGGUUUUCAAUUUCGUCAUACGGGUCAGUUCCAAGCACAGUGGAACCGUUUCUAGUGGACGAGAGGAAACCAACUGCGAACCACGUUGUGUUCUGGGUCGAAAAGCGCCUUGCUGCGCAAGGGAUUAUUCCGGUUUGGAACCAAUGA